AUGAAGUACGCCGUUGUUCUCUCGCUCGCUUUCCUCGCGGCCGCUGCGCCUGUCCCACAAGAUGAUGUUUCCUCCAUUCUAGCAGCACUUGAGGCCAAUAGCCCAGAUGAUGCAGCAGCGGCCCAAGGAGCUGUUAGCAAGCGUCAGGAUGAUGUGGCUUCGAUCCUCAGCGCUCUUUCGGCCAACGACCCGGAAGAUGCCCAGACAGCUCAAGGAAGCGUUGCCAAGCGCCAAGAUGAUAUGGUGAACGACCUCUCUUCCAUCCUUGCUGCUCUAUCAGCAAACGACCCAGAGGAUGGAAGCGUUGCUAGCAGUGCUUCUAAGCGCCAAGACGACUUGGCUUCCAUUCUCGCCGCCCUCUCAGCCAAUGACCCAGCUGAUGGAAGCGUUGCCAGUGGAGCCAGCAAGCGUCAAGAUGAUCUCUCCUCCAUUCUCGCCGCCCUUUCUGCCAAUGACCCAGCCGAUGGCAGCGUCGCCAGCGGAGCCAGCAAGCGCCAGGACGAUGUUUCUUCCAUUCUGGCUGCUCUUGAGGCUAACAGCCCUGAUGAUGCCGCUGCUGCUCAAGGCGCUGUCAACUAA